AUGGAGGCCGCCCAAACUGUUCAUCCUGCCAGAGUCGAGGGACUCGCUGCAUAUAUCCGUCUUUGGUGGACGAGCUCAGCCUUGACGAGUAAAGCGCCGGAUGCCCUGCUCAGAUCGCUGGUGGACCUAAAGGCGCGAACCAAUGUUGGAAUUGUCAGCGAAGGUCAGGAACAGGUUCAGCAAACUCCCUACUUUGACGACGGCGAUGAUGAUGCCGCCGCCGCCGCUGCUCCGGCCGCCGAUGUCACAAUCCAGCACAAAGUUACAAGCGUCCAGACGCCCCUCUCCACUAGUCCGUCAGAACCUCAAGACCCCGAGGCGUUCUUCGGAGAGUCGUCGACCUUCGCCUUCGUCUCCAAGGUUCAAACGACGAAUGCACCGCGACAAGCCCUCACGCCCGCGAAUAAACGCCGCCGCCUAUCGAGUUCGCGAAGUUCUCAGACUCACAGUCUCGAUCCCGGCCUGACUCCCCGAGACUGCGAGGACACGUAUGAACUUCCCUCGAAAGACCUUGCGGACAGCCUUGUGGACCUGUACUUCAACCACGUGCAUCGCCUCUACCCCUUUGUUCACGAGCCGAGCUUCAGAACCCAAUACGAACGAAUGUGGACCAGCGACGGGGAUCACUCUGAGACGAAAGCCACCUGGCUGGCGGUUCUCAAUCUCAUUUUCGUUCAUGGGUGCGAGUUUCACGAUCCCAUCCAAGGGAGAAGUGCCUCACAUUCGGCCACGAGAUUCCUCGGACGGGCUCGAAACAUUGUGUUUGCGCACAUCUUCAAGGAAGGCAAUUUGGAGCUCGUCCAGGCCCUGCUUUUGAUGUGCCACUACCUCCAAGGCACUCUGGAGCUGACUGAAUGCUGGAGCUUGAGCGGACUCAUGAUCAGAACCUCCAUCAGCAUUGGUCUCCAUCUGAACCCUUCCCCUGCCAUGUCCGCCGUCGAAAGAGAAGUCAGAAAACGUGUGUGGUGGGGUUGCUUUGUGAUUGACCGCACCCUGAGCAUGAAAUUUGGCAGGCCACCUUCCAUUCCCACGGGGAAUGCGUCGGAUGUCGAGCUUCCGUUGCCGGUCGACGAUCAAUAUAUCAUGAAUGACUCGAUUACUCCUCGGCAGCCUGCGAAUCGUCCAUCAUUGACGUCCUUCUUCAUUCGGACGAUCAAACUCGCACAUAUCAUUGACAGCGUCCUCCUCAAACUGUACUCUUCGUCGACAAAACCGUGGACUUCGACGGUUCCUUCUCCUGACAAGCAGGAUCACUUCACCGAGAUAUUUGGCCACUCGGUGCUAUUGGACGGGGAACUACUGUCCUGGUGGAAUGGCAAUCCAUCCCAUCUGAAAGACGAGCCUGACUAUCCGGACGGCCCUGAUUUCCAGCGACAGCGUAAUGUCAUGUACAUUCGGUUUCUGAAUGUCCGGCUGUUGCUCCAUCGCCAGUCAUUUCUGAUAUUCAGUCGACAAGAAAUCGAAGACAGUUUCCACAGAGAUGUGGCCAUUGCUUCAUGCAACCGUUGUAUAUUAGCCGCCCGCGAGACUAUCAGGGUCAUCUACUCUCAGUAUCGUCGUGGGCUGCUGAAUUCUCUGUGGUACAAUCUCCACUACGUAUUUACUGCUAUCGGAGUGCUCUUGACGUUACAGACGAUGGAAAGAUGGAAGCUAGAAGCGCUGGGUCAGAUCGGGCUGGACGAAACCCUGGAGCUGGGCAUGGAAUUUUUAAAGGUAGCCAGCAGUACCAGCACGCUGGCAUCGAGGUACCUGAUCCUGCUGGAGCGCAUUCAGACUCAAGCGAGUGGUCGGGAGACUCCCCUUCCCGGCCAGCCCUCCAGUCAAGGCCAUCUGACACAGCAUCAUCCGGAUAAUUCGGACCCGGCAUUGCUGCCGGCAGACAGGACGCCCUUGCAGCGACCACAAGACGAAGGUCAAUUGCUGCUCAGCUCGGAUCUUAUCGACUUUGACGACUUGCUCUUUGGAACUGGUCUUCCGAGGGAUCUUCUUUCAGCUGAUUGGUCCGGCUUUGACCCCCUGUGA